GAAAAAAAAAACUUUAUUUCAUAUUUUGCAUUGAUCUGGUCUCAGAGGCUAGACGUGGCGCUGUAUUAAUCAUCCAAAAAAGAAAUGAAACUAAAAUACUAAAUGAAAAUGAUGAGAAAACAAAACAAACAACCACCCAACACCAUGGUGAUACUACUACAACUUUAGCUGCCGCCGACUGCUGGUUCUCCGGCGACUGUUGAGUGAGCCGACGACAUGUCUACUAUGGCGCAGCUCGCUAUCGUCACUGCCGCUUGUACUAAUCUACAUCAAACUUCCAAAUGCUUCGGUUUUACCUUCCACAUGGACGGCCACAAAUUGGCCUCCGUCUUCACCAGCAGCAGCAGCCGUGAUACCGCUACAAUCAGGAGCAGAAAGAAAGCUCCUCUAUUGGUCACUUGCUCUGUAUCUAAGCCGUCGUCCUCCACCGAAAUCAGUUCAACAGCCAGGAUCAGGAGUGAAGUUCUUACUCCUUUCAGAUCAGUGAGGAUGUUUUUCUAUAUCGCUUUCAUUGCACAAGCUUCUCUUGGUGGACUGAUAGCCACCACACAACUCAUUGGUGCUCUGGCUAAUCCUUCAAGAGCAGAUUCAGUGAUUGAUAUUGCCAAAGGCCUAGGCAUAGACAUAGGCGCUGCAUCUCUCUUUGCAUUCCUAUAUUACAGAGAGAACAAAAUCAAGAACGCCCAAAUGGCCAGGCUCUCAAGAGAAGAAAACCUCUCAAACCUUAAACUGCGUGUAGAUGAAAAGAAGACAAUUACUGUUAGUGAACUUAGAGGAUUUGCACGUCUUGUGAUCCUUGCUGGACCUUCAUCCUUCAUUACAGAGGCCUUCAAACUUAGUGAAACAUUUACUGAACAACUCAUAGAAAGAGGGGUGCUUGUUGUGCCUCUUUCAACAGAUGGAAACGUACCUACUUUUGAGUUUGAUGAGACUCAAGAAAUGACGGAGUUAACAAACAAAAGAAGACGACUCUGGCAGCUUCUACCUCUUCUUACACCAGAAUGGUCCGAGUGGCUAGACGAUCAGAAAAAACUGGCCAAUGUAUCACCUGAAUCUCCUGUGUAUUUAUCUCUACGAAUGGAUGGUCGUGAAUGUGGUCUGGACUUCUUGAUGGAAUGGAUGGAAGAGUUCUUUGAAAAUUCAUUUACUAUUAUUACUUCUCAAAUUUAUCAAGAAAUUCAAGUCUUUGGAGAGCCAGAGCAGAUAACAAGAUGAAAGUAUGCACACAAACACAACAGCUUUGUCAAUUAAAAGAGAGAUAUCAACUAAUUUCUCAGAAUGUGGUUUUUGUAUAGCGUAUAUAGAAUUUUCUACAACUUUUCUUAUAUUGAAACUACUUUUAUCAUACUAACGGUUCACAUAACAAUAUAUCUUUCUUUAUCAUAUGUUCAUUGAAAUAAAUAUUAUAUAGAAGUCUUGUAACCCUUAAUUAAGU